AUGGAUAACAGCAAGCCAGUGAAGACGCCUCAAGAUCCCGGCCUGAAGCUAACCAAGAGCAUGUGUGAACAAGAAUGCAAGCACGAAGACACCAUGUGCAACGUGCCAUAUCGAAGUGCUGUCGGAGGCAUCAUGUAUCUCAUGGUCGCCACACGUCCGGAUCUAGCUGCUGCAGUGGGAUCAUUAUCCCAGUUCUCGUCCGACCCAUGCCCGACUCACUGGCAAGCUUUGAAGCGUGUGCUGAGAUACCUGCAAGCAACGCCCAAUCAUGGUCUUGAGUUUACACGUGAAGAAGGAAGCCGUAUCUGCGGGUACACCGACGCAGACUGGGCCGGCGACAUUGAGUCAAGACGAAGUACAAGCGGCUAUGUGUUCAUGAUGAGCGGAGGAUGCAUCAGCUGGAAAAGCCAGAAACAACGGACGGUCGCGCUAUCUUCAACAGAAGCAGAAUACAUGGCGCUUUCCGAAGCAACCAAAGAAGCAGUAUGGCUCAAAGUGCUUUUGGGGGAACUUGGUGAGAUGACAAGCGACGAAGCGAUCAAGAUGUAUGAAGACAACCAAGGAUCAAUCGCUCUCGCCAAGAACCCGGAGUUCCAUAAGAGAACAAAACACAUCGACAUACGCUACCAUUUUGUGCGUGAGAAGGUGGAAUCAGGUGAAGUCGUUUUGGAGUAUUGCCCGACUCAAGAUAUGCUGGCAGACAUGAUGACCAAGCCGAUCGCCGCUGUACAAUUUGAAAACAUUCGCGAUCGACUUGGGAUCCAAGGUGCCGCAGCUAACGAGUCGAGAGGGAGUGUUGAAAAGACAGCGGCUGUGAAGAAGACACCUCGUCAAGCUGCGUCAAGUGUUGAAGCAAGUGGAAGACCAAGCUUCGCUAUACCGGUGGGUACCGGUAUGUACCAGUAA